AUGCUGGUCAACUAUCUCAAGCUAGCUUCCUCCCUUUUCAAAUGGGUUUUAGAUUUCCUUAUCUACCACCCAUUUUACAGCCUUCGUGUUCAUUAUCAUCAACCUCUUCAAGAGUUUCAUCAGAUGUUUACUGAAGCAGAACAAGUAGAGACAUGGCAUCGUCGUGGAGAAGAAGUGGAUUGUGCAGUGUGUCUCAGCAAGAUUGGUGAAGGAGACGAAGUUAGAGUUCUGAGGUGUGAGCAUGUGUUUCAUAGGCUUUGUUUGAAUCAAUGGGUAGGUUUGGGGAAUUAUAAUUGCCCUCUUUGUAGGGACUUUCUGGGUUCUGGGAAUAGGGCUAUUAAUGGUGAUGAGGGAAGAGACGUGCAUGUGCUCUUCUUCAAGUUUUCUUCCUUUUCUAGUGAUUCAGAGCGUGACAACUGGUGGCUACGGUGA